AUGCAAAAUACCAGCCACCUCACUUCCUGCUGGUAUUCUGUGGCCUCUCAUUCCUGCCCCCAAGCAAGAGCGGAUAUCUUUUUUUCUCUCCAUAAAUAUAUUUCUCACUUCCCAUUCCUCUCUCUCUCUCUUUUUCUCUUUCUCUCUCUCUCUCUCUUUCUCUUUCUAUCUCUCUCUCUCUCUCGUUUUAUUUCUUCUUCUUUUAUUCUUUCAUUCUUUCUCUCUCUCUCUCUUUCCCUUUCUCUGUCUCUCUCUGUCUCUCUCUGUCUCCCUCGCUUUCUCUGUCUCUCUGUCUCUUUCUCUCUCUCUGUCUGUCUCUCUCUCUCUCGUUUUAUUUCUUCUUUUUUUGUAAAAUUCUCUUUCUCUUUCAUUCUCUCUCUAAAUCUUUCUCUUUCUCUCUCACACUCUCUCUGUCUCUCUGUAUUUCUCUCUGACUCGCUAUCGCCUCUCCCUUUCUCUUUCACAAGAUUAUUAUUUUUUUCACUCUCCCACUUAUUCUUAUCAUGGUUUUUCUCACCCUCUCUCUCUCUCUCUCUCUCUCUCUCUCGUUUUAUUUCUUUUUUUAUUCUUUCAUUCUCUCUUUCUCUUUCUCUCUCUCUCUCUGUCUCUCUCUCUCUCUGUCUCUCUCUCUCUUUCACUAUCUCCUCUCCCUUUCUCUUUCACAAUGUGAUUAUUUUUUUUCACUUUCUCUCCCUCUCUAAAAAAUCACUUUUACUCUCUCUCUUUCUUCCCCCUCUCUCUCUUUCUUCCCCCUCUCUCUCUCUCUCUUUCUCGCUCUCCCUCUCUCUCUUUCUUUCCCUCUCUCUCCCUCCCUCUCUCUUUCUUUCCCUCUCUCUCCCUCCCUCUCUCUUUCUUUCCCCCUCUUUCUCUCUCUCUCCACCUCUCCCUCUCUCUUUCUUUCCUUUGCUCUCUCCCUCUCUCUCUUUCUCUCUCUCCACAUCUCCCUCUCUCUUUCUUUCCCUUGCUCUCUCCCUCUCUCUCCACCUCUCCCUCUCUCUUUCUUUCACUCUCUCUUUCUUUCCCUCUCUCUUUCUUUCCCUUGCUCUCUCCUCCCUCUCUCUCUUUCUUUCCCUUUCUCUCUCCCUCUCUUUUUCUUUCCCUCUCUCUCUCCCUCUCUCUUUCUUUCCCUCUCUCUCUUUCCCUCUCUCUCCCCUCUCUCUCUUUCUUUCCCUCGCUCACUCCCUCUCUCUCUUUCUUUCCUCUCUCUCCCUCUCUCUCUCUUUCCAUCUCUCUCCCUCUCUCUCUCUUUCCAUCUAUCUCUCUUUCUCUCUCUCUACCCAGUGGUGUCGUUUUUUUUCUGUCCUGUCUCACUUUUUUCUCUUCGUUUCACGUUAUUUUCCUCUUUCAAAUUCUAUUUUCUCCAUAUCUCUCUCUUUCUCUCCUUUUCUUUCUUUCAUUCUCUCUUUCUUCUUUUGUAAAAUUCUUUCUUUUUCGAUUUCGCUCUGGCUUUAUUCUCCUACCAAAUUCUCUUGCUUUCAAAUUUUUUUAAUUCUCUCCCUCCCUCCCUCUCUUAAAUUCACUAUCUUUUCUGCCUUUCUUUUUCACAGCAUUCUUAUUUAUUCUCUCUCCCACUCACUAUUUUCCCCUUCCUUUUGUCUCCUUUUCUCUUUCUAA